CAAAAAUGGAAGAACAAAAAGAAGUACUGAUCUGUUGUAAGCCAGGCUGUUCUGUGAAGUUGCUAUACUGGUCGGAAGAGGAGGAAAGAGGGGUGUGUAUUAAGCAUUGGCAGGAUGAAGAGGGGGAUUUGAGCAAGGUGUGGAGGAUUACUGGCCAGAGUUAUGAGGAUGUGUUGAAGUGAAGAGAUGAGAUUAUGAUGCUAAUCGAAAAAUGGAAAGACGAUGAAAAUAACUCUCGAGAUAAAUGUACUGGCACUGAGUUUCUCGAUAUAUCUUUAAAAAUUAUUGAAGAAAAUUUUGAUAAGCUUAAGGAAUAUCUAGAAAAUGAAGAGCUUUGCAAGUUUUCAGAAGCCAAUAAUGGAUGUAAAUGAAAGUUAUCUUCAGACCAAGUUUCAAAUGCUAGAAAACUACCCCCUCAUGAAGGUUAUAUGCGUUAUCUAGACCCAGAAACACUAUUCAAGCUUGUAUCGAUUCCAAUAGAGAGAAUUAAGGAUGAAUCUGGACUACAAGAUCCAUCUUUAAAGGAAGAUAAUCAACACAUACCAGAUGAAAACAUUCAAGAAGUUAUAGAUAAGGUGAACAACGAGAUAGAGGAAAUUCUUAAGAAGAAAAUACUUUUAUCUCCUAAGAAUUGGAAGCUGUUCAAUGGAUAUUUCAAGAAAUUAGAGAAGGAAGGAAAUAUCGAACAGACUGGAAACUUUCAUUCUCAAUCAUUAUCUAAAACUUUAUGAUUUGAGAUGAUUUCAAAUGCUUUUAUUUUAUUUAAUACAAAAGCUAAAUUGAGUAUAUAAUAGAGCCAAAAGGAGAAUUAGGAACAAAAAUUAAUAAUCUACAUAUUUUUAAGAAUGGUUUUAAAGAGUACCAAUACAAGACAAAAGGAAGCAUGCUGACAGGUAUUAAAGAUUCAGAACAACUCUAUAAAUUCAUGCUCAUCAUUUCUUUCAGAAGAUUAGCGAGAUUGCAAAAUCUCGAAAAAUCACCAGAAUUAGAUAGAGCAAAUCUUUUGACUACUGAUAGUAAAUUCUUCUUUCGAAGGAUUUUUGAAUUUCGGGAUAAGGAAGAAAAGAUUCAAGAGAAUAUUUAUGACAAUACUCUUCCUAAGGAUAAUGAUAACAAACUUCCAUGUGAGCAUGAUGACUGUCAGCUUCCCUCUUUCUAUUACCUCCCUGAAUAUGAGAUUAAGCUCUGCUUUUUACAUCGGUUCCAUAGUGAUUAUAAAGAUUUAUCAAAAUGAAUUUGCCUCCGACCUCAUAAUCUCCUUGAAACCUUUAAGAUAACAAAGAAGCCAAUUCCAAAGGAUAUAAGACAGAGUUUGCUUAUUGGUGGUGAAGCUUCAGCUGGCAAAGACAUUAUCUUAAGUAAUAUUGAUUAUUUUAAGGAAUUUAUCCAGAACGAACUCAUACUUCACUGAUUUGAUAAUGAAAAGAAAUCUCUUAAAAAUAAGCAGUCUCAAGAUUCUACCUAUUUUGAAGAUGAUCUGAUUUCAGCUAUGUGAAAUAAUAAGAAUAACCUGUCUUACUUAUAAUUCCUGCUCUGAAUGCUCAUAAAUUCAGCAAAGAUCAAAAGGAUAUUAAACUGAAAAUUAUGGUCUAUGAAGAAAUUAGUGAAAAAGGUAUAUCGAUUGAAGAUAUCAUCAAAAGAGAUAUUGAGAAUGAAGAAAAUUUUGAUACUCAAGAUGAUACUAACUCAGAUGAACUUGAAGAUUCAACCGCAAAAGGAACAGAUUCUCAAGAUAAAAGCUCUGAUCAUAACCUUUCUUCCCCAAAAGACCCCAAAUCUCCGCAUGAACCAAUCGAAGAGGAUAAAGCACCUCAGGACAAUCCUCCCAUUCAGAAUCAACAACCACCUAAAAAUGAGGAAUCAAAACAUUCCAAAUUAAAUCAGAAUGAAGAAGAAUCCGAAUCUGAAUCAGAUAAUAUCUCAGAUUAUAAGGAAGAAGAAAAUAAAUCCCUACGAAGUUUUGUUGAACAAGAGUCAUCACAAAAUUUUAGUAAUGAUUCAAAAUCAAAACGCAUGGAAGAAUAUACCAAUUUUAAUGAGUCAGAACAAGAAGAGAGCAAAGAUGAGGGUUACGACUCCAGAGGAAUACCAUAUUCUGAGGAAGAGAAGGUAGAAUACAAUGUUAAAAUCAAUAAAUUAUAUCAAAAAAUAGAACAGAAGAUUCUCCUGAAAUAUCAUUUGUUCUUUAAUUCUAAUAAGGGAAUAUAUCAAAAUAUUGAGGAUAACGAAGAAUUCCAAAAAGAGUACCUAGCCCUAUUUGAUGCUGAGAUAGAGGAAGAACUGGUAGAAAUCUUGAAAAUUCAAUUUACUAAAGAGUAUUCAGAUAAGCUAAAAGAGAUUAUCCAUGACAAAGAACUCAUAAUUGAUUUUAGGAAUGACAGGGAUUAUAAAUUUUUCUCAGAAUUCAAAUACAUUAUUAAACUUAAGAAAGUUGAAUUUACUAAUGUUCCAAAGGAAGACAAGCAUAUACAAGUUUAUCUUCUACAAUACUUUCCUGAAUUUUGUGAUUCUUUAACGUUUAAACUUGAAAAUAAAACCAAGAAAGAUGGCAUCAAUUUCUAUUUUGAUGGGCUUAAACAAAUCAGCUCAAGAAUAAAAUAAAGACUUAAAUCUUUGGUAUUGUAAACUCAACCAAGAUCAAAUAGUCAGUCUUUUUGAAGAAUGGAAAGAUAUUAAGAAAAUUGAAUUCAACUGAUGUGAACUUAAUCUUAAAUCAGUCCCUAAUCUUGGUGAUUCACUAAAAUAUUCAAAAAUCGAAACAUUUAAGCUAUGAUACUGAGGAGACUGGAAGCUUAACAGAUACCAAUUUGUAAACUUAGCCCAAGGACUAUACCAGAUCAAACACUUCUUCCAAAACCUCAAAUCCCUUUACAUCUGGGGCAAUAAAAUCUCCAAACAAGAAGUACUCCAAAUCCUCCAAUCCUGCUCCUCCCCAGUCACCCCAGUCACCCCCCUCACCACUCCAAAACCCAUACUCCAAUCCUCUUCCCCCACUUCCACAACUUCUUCAAGUUCCUCUUCCUCCAAGAUUCCAAGUGAGCAUCCAGCCCAAGCAGAGUCGUUAGCGGUCAACCUGAAGAAAAUAGAUAUUUACUGCAGUACGAAGGAUUUUGUGAAGAGAAGAUAAGUGAGAAUAGAGAGUUAAGAUUUGAUGAGAUAAGAUUUAAAGGAAAAAUUUUGCUCGGACAUAAAGUGUUAGCCUAUUUAAUCCUUUCUCUCUAAACCUCAUCUGUUCAUUGUUUAACUUUAUUGAAUGCCCAAACGGGUUUUCUUAAAAAUCUCUCGUGUAGCUUGACUGUAGGUUGAUUUUGGUUGUCUCAAGGAGAGUUACAGCUGAAGAAUAAGAAGCCAGGCUAAUAAAAUUGGGAUUUAGGGUAUGUGGGGUUUAGAGGAGGUAAAAGAAUUCGUUGUGUUUGUUAGGUUAAAUUGUGAUAUAGAUAUUUGCAUUUAGGAGUUAUUAAUAAUAAUAUG